AUGAGGGUUCCACAUCUAUUAUUAGGACUGCUCGCUAUAGCCACGAACGCCUCUUGCGAUCACAUGCAAGAGCCGGCAUUGGCUAGAAAUAACACUGACACAGCUAACUAUAAUAGGAUUACCACCCUCCUACAUGCAGGGUACGACUUCGCUGACGCAGUAGCUGAAGUAUGGCCGGGCCAUAACUUUACUCUGAGUUCCACAGUUAUAGCCAGGGGCACACCUGCAAGUGUAGCCAAUGCGACGUUAGAAGCUAUGGGCAGCAACUGGUACCUUCAAGGUGGGCCGGGGUACGAGGUCGAUUUACCGGCUAUAAUCAACUUGGCCUGGGAAUACGGUGAAUCGGUGAGGACGCAGCAUUCUUUGUCUAAACGAGACGCGGACGUGGCAGCAGGUGAGUACGCUAAGUCCCUGCUAGAAAACGUGAUGGACCCAGCUGAACUCUCUCCACUGUCCCUUACAGUGCGUGACUCAAACACAGGCCAGUGUAUGAAUAGUUACUGGCGUAAUUUUACUAACAUGGUACAGCGCGUUUAUGAUAAGAUUGACCCCAAAAUUAUCGCUAUUGCCAAGCAGUGGUCUUGGACGACAUUUAAGACAGUGGCAUGUGACCUACCUGGGUGGGUCAACAUGGGUAUAUCGUUGGAGCAAUAUUUCCGGAGUGCAUCACAGAAGGCCCAGUGUGGUGGCAGCACGACAAUACAUGCUCUUAAAGCACGAGAUGGGAGCACAUUACAAUGGUGUGUGGGUGUGUCAGCAUAUAAAGUGGAUGGAGAAAAUUGUGACACGACAGCCAACUACGGCAUCAUCGCGGCAAACUUUGCCCAGUUGUCGGCCAAGGUUAAUAGCAUUGACGGGACGUCAUGGUGCACUCAUUUUGACCACUACGGUACAUGGAGGAUGGACGCCAGAGUAGCUCUGGUAGAGGAAAUGUCCGACUGUGGACAGAAUCUAUGGGAUAUACCUUGUCCUGGCUACAAAGACGGCCGGUCUUAA